CAUCAAAUAAACUUGAAGUAUUCUACUUAUUCGUACGCAACGGGACAUUGACGAGGACUGACACCAGAGCAUGAACCAGAGGGCGGCAGUAAUGCAACACGGAGGAUGUUAGAGGCCAAAAACCCAGAAGAAGAAGAAGAAGAAGGAGGAGGAGGGGGAAGCGGAAGCGGAAGUGGAGAAGAAGGAGUUAAAAGGCGAAGAAGAAGAAGCAGUUGUUGUGUUGUUGUUUUGAUGUUUUGAUGUUUUGGUGCUUCGUAAAGUGACAUUUCUCCUCUAAACAUCUCAGAUUAUUAUUAAAGUAGAGGUACAAUGACUCGCCACGGAAAGAACUGCACGGCCGGAGCUGUGUACACCUACCACGAGAAGAGGAAAGACACAGCGGCGUCUGGUUACGGGACACAGAGCAUUCGACUGGGCAAAGAUGCGAUCAAAGACUUUGACUGCUGCUGCCUGUCCCUGCAGCCCUGUCAGAAUCCGGUGCUGACUCCAGAUGGAUUCUUGUAUGAAAAACAGGCCAUUCUUGAAUACAUUUUGCACCAGAAGACAGAAACUGCCAAAAAGAUGAAGGCGUAUGAGAAGCAGAAGAAAGCGCAGAAGAGCAGCAGCCAACUUGAGUCCAAGUCCGAGGAAAGAGAGCGGGUGGAGAGGUUUAAAACCAGGGAGAACAGCAUCGUGUCCAAACCCAUCAACCCAUUCACAUCUGGGCAGACCAAAGGAAGUGAGAAGGGCAGGACAGACAGCAGCUCAGCAGAAUCCUCCGCUUCUAGUUCAAUUGUCUCCUCCAUCACGAACCUGCCCAGUUUCUGGGUUCCCUGUCUGACACCAGAGAACAAGCCCACCCUGAUCAAGAAACCAAGUAAGGCCGUGUUGUGUCCAAUGUCGGGACGAUCCAUUAAGAUGAACGAGCUUAUCCCAGUGCGCUUCACCCCACUGGACCCGAGCCUGGACCGAGUGGCCCUGCUCACCCGCCAGGACAGGUAUGUAUGUGCAGUAACCAGAGACGUCCUAGGCAACAGUGUUCCCUGCGCUGUCCUGCGAACUUCGGGGACUGUGGUGACUCAGGAGUGUGUGGAGAAGUUGAUCAGGAAGGACAUGCUGGAUCCCGUGACUGGAGACAAACUGUCCGACAGAGACAUUGUACCACUGCAGAGGGGUGGAACCGGCUUCGCUGCCUCCGGGGUCGACCUCAGUGCCAAAGAGGCUCGUCCAGUGAUGCAAGUGUGAGACAGAGGACGGACUCCUUCUACCAGCGUGUCGACAUCGUUCACCUAUUUUAAUGCCCGUUGUUGUUUGCUUCCUUAUUUUUCUUGUUCCUGUAGGUAACUGGCUUUUUUUUUUCUUACAUAGACGGUGAAAUAAAUUCUCUCCUGAAUUACAAUUUAACCUUUUUAAAAAGUAGAUUUUGCCUUCACUACACUUAUCUUCACUAUUCCACCUGUCCCCUCUGUCGGGUUGCAAACUUGACAUAUAAAGCUGUACUUAAGUGUAGAAUCAAAUACCGGUGAUUACUUCCUGUUUCAAUCAUUAAACUGCAUAUUAGCCAUGG